AAAAGCCAUUCUUUCUUUCCGUCUUUCACGCUCCUCCUCUCCUUCAUCGUUUCAUAGAUUCUCUUACUUUAUUGUUUUUUCCUUCCUCAGAUCUCUUUUCCUUCAAAACAAUCCUCUGUUUUCAUCUCUCUGAGGUUGUUUUCUUUGAGGGAGAAAUAAAUCUCUUCUUCUGCCGAUCUCUUCGAUGUGUUUUUCUUUGCAUGGUCUAGUGGAUGAUUGAUAACGUCUGAUCUCUGAAAUUUUGGUGACGUUUCUGGGUUUAUAUGAUUUUGUAGAAAAUUUAGUUUUUUUUUUAAUAUAUUUUUUUAUUCUGGGUGGUCGAGGCGUCGGUUUCUUAGGGUUAUUGUUGUUUUUUCCAUUUUGAAUUUUGUUUUCUCAUUUUAAUUGAAUUUUCAACGCUAUUAUUGAAGACAACUUGUGGAAUUUCUUAUUGGUUGAAAAAAUAGUCUUUUCAAAUAUAUAUUAGAAUCUGGAUGUCAGAAGAAAAUGUCCACAAACUUGAGGUUGGUGUAAUAGUUUAAACAUAUUCUUACAAAAAAUAAAUGAGUUCAGGUUUUCUUUGUUUAAAAUAUUUGCGAAAUUCUCUAAGGAAAAAAAACAAUUUGAUAAUGAUGAAAACUUUCUAUCAGAAUCUUGUUUGGUGAUUGUUUGAGUUGUGUUGUGUUCCACUCUCUGUGUCUGAGAUUUUGCUUUAGAAGAAAGUAAACGAAAAAAUGGAACAAACAAGUGAGACAAAAGCUACACCGGAAAACAACCUCAGAAGCAGAGCUGCUGCUGCUGUUGGGAACAACAGCAAGAAAGACAUGAUUUUCCGAGCUGACAAGAUCGAUCUGAAGAAUCUUGACAUCCAGCUGGAAAAACAUCUGAGUAGGGUUUGGUCAAGAAACAUCGAGAAGAACCCAAAGCCUAAGGAAGACUGGGAGAUUGACUUGGCUAAAUUAGAGAUGAGGAAUGUCAUUGCUCGUGGUGCUUAUGGUAUUGUCUACAAAGGCAUCUAUGAUGGUCAAGACGUUGCAGUGAAAGUGCUUGAUUGGGGAGAAGAAGGUUACGCGACAGCGGCUGAGACUUCAGCUCUACGUGCUUCAUUUAGACAAGAAGUUGCGGUUUGGCAUAAACUUGACCAUCCCAAUGUCACAAAGUUUGUUGGAGCAUCAAUGGGAACAACGAAUCUGAAGAUACCAUCGUCAGCAGAGACGGAGAACUCGUUGCCUCAGAGAGCUUGUUGUGUGGUUGUGGAGUAUCUUCCUGGAGGUACUCUUAAACAGUUCUUGUUCCGUAACAGGAGAAGGAAACUCGCUUUCAAAGUUGUUGUUCAGCUCGCUCUUGAUCUCUCCCGAGGGCUAAGUUAUUUGCAUUCAGAGAGAAUUGUCCACCGCGAUGUGAAAACAGAGAACAUGCUAUUGGAUUAUCAGAGGAAUCUAAAGAUAGCUGAUUUUGGAGUGGCUAGAGUUGAGGCUCAGAAUCCAAAGGACAUGACUGGAGAGACUGGUACUCUUGGAUACAUGGCUCCAGAGGUUCUUGAUGGUAAGCCAUACAACAGAAGAUGCGAUGUGUACAGCUUUGGGAUAUGCUUGUGGGAGAUUUACUGUUGUGACAUGCCUUAUCCUGAUCUCAGCUUUGCUGAUGUUUCUUCUGCUGUUGUUCGUCAGAAUCUGAGACCGGACAUACCGAGAUGUUGUCCGACAUCAUUAUCAAGCAUCAUGAAGAAAUGUUGGGAAGCGAAUCCUGAGAAACGACCGGAGAUGGAGGAAGUCGUGAAGAUGCUUGAAGGAGUCGACACCUCCAAAGGCGGCGGAAUGAUCCCGGAAGAUCAGAGACCUGGCUGUUUCUGCUUUGUCUCCGGUCGUGGUCCAUAAAUUUACCUUUUUACCUCCUUUCUCCAUCCAUCUUGUUCUUACCUUUCAAGAAUUGAAUUUUGGAGCAAUGCUCUGUCUUUCUUUUCUUCGUUAAUCUGUCGAGAUUAAAAAAAAGUUUUCGUUAUUAAAAAAAAAAAGAAUAUGUAUUAUACAAUUUCUGUCAAUUGUGAAUACUAAUACUGGCGUUUGCUUUCAGUAUACAACUGAAAUAUCAAAUAACAAUUAUUUUGUUUGUAAGGUA